AUGAAUGGAGAUGAUGACGUGCCCCCCAUCACCAUUCCUUUGGGACACCAGACGAGCACGAGCAGUCUGCUGUCGCUGCCCCAGAUGCGUCCCUUGGUGGGGGAUUAUCCCGAGGACUUUAUCUUUCGGGUCGAGGACACGAGAUCAAGGUCUUUGGCGCUGGAUUUCAUGGCCGUCUCUGGGGCUCAAGCAGACGAGAAGCAUGUCGAUAGAACGGUUGCGGAUGAUUACCUCAGUAGCUUUCUCGCCCUGGUUCAUGCCUUUCAUCCCAUCUUUGACCGGGACCAACUCCUGGCUAGCUACGAAGACGUCAUGCGGGACGGUAUAGGCUCGGACGUCAGGUCGGGCGUGUUUCUGGCUGUUUUGGCCCUGGGCGCCACUGCAUCCGACCCCAUCGACGAUGACCGGGAUCACGAGCAUGGUAACACGGGCGAUGCCUGCAUGCAGAGGGCGCUUCGGAUUCUGGUGCCCGCGUGGAUGAUCUCCUUCAGCGGCGAUGUUCGUAUCUCGCAGGGUCUGAUCUUAUGCGCGCUGUACUUUACGUACGUGGUGCAGCCGUUGACGGCGUGGAGGCUGAUUCACAUGGCGUCGACCAGCAUACAGCAGCUUUUGAUCCGGCAAGUUCCAUCUGUCCCUUUUGGUGACGGAGGAUGUUACACUGCAAGGAAGGGACCCGAGCAUUCGCUGACCAUCUUUGACAACAACAUCAGUGAUAUCCUAGCCGAGUUCCAUCAGCCACGAAGCGGCAUCGAUGUCCUCGUUGAUCGCAUGCCCUUCCCCAACUACGGCACAAACCCCAAGCUGGAGCAUCUUUGCGUCCUUGCCGAGAUAUCAGCUCGGUCUCUCCUCAACCGGAUGCAUCACGCCAUCUACUUUACCGACAGCCUCACCAUAUACGCCGGUCGCGCUCUUGACUCACUCGCCUCGUCUCAGUCAGCGUCGGAUACGCCUCAUCCAGAUGCGUCCCUGCUGCGUAUGUGCAGCGAACUCAACUUCCAGCUCGAAAGGUGGUACGAGGCCCUUCCGGUAGACAUCAAGCCCGACCUGUUCGAUCGCACGCCAGGAAACAAGCAGGCAUGCAUACUGCGAUUGCGCUACUGGUCGGCGAAGCAGGGCAUCUUCAGGCCGUUUGUGGUUUACGCCACGUCGUCCCAGUUUGACAGCGGAGGGGCAGAGGUGCCGUCGUCGGUGAUAUCGCAGUGCAAGGUCUGUUUGGCGGCGUGUCGAGCUUUCCUCCACGGGGCAGGAUAUCUGCUCAUGGAGAGGACACCGUACACGUAUAGCUCGCUGCAGUUGUGA